AUGGACGGCGCAGUGUGCGAGAGCGAUUUCGCUCAACCCGACGUGCGAGCGCAGAACGGCGCGGACCGAGCGCCGUGGGAGCGCGAACGGGCGUUGAAUCACGCGAUUCACUCUGGGGAUGAUUUCGAGCGACAGUUUAAAGAAUUUUGCCAACGACCCGAGAACGCCCCGGUGGUGGCUGAGCACCAGAGACAAGAGCUGCGAAAGCUCGAUCGAGUGCAUCAUCGAUGUGAUGCGAUGGAAUUCCGCGAUGCGGUUCUGAGCGCGGACGAGGAGGCGCAGAGGAACGUGGCGCCGUUCCUGCGAACGCGCGUCUUGAGAACGCUCGUGUCGACGUUUAAGAAUGACGAACACGGCGAUUUCUCAAAGUGGGCGAAUAACCCGCGCGUGAUCGAGAUGUUAAAGACGAUGCAGGAGGCGAUAGACGAAGGACGGGUGACGGAAACGGACGUGGAACAGACGAUGGUGAAUUAUCUGAGCGACUCCGCGAAUGACGGUCACGACAAGUUUAAGAAGGCAACGACGCGCGAGGCGAAUCUCGAGACGAAGGAUUUAGUCGGCGCUCUGAACGAACAGCUCACUUUACGGUUUCAAGGGAACGAUCUGUACAAGGCGCGUCAGUUCGAUGAGGCGCAUCAGGCGUACACAAAGGCGCUCGGAAUCAUGAAUCUCGUAAAGGCGAGAAAUCCGAGCGACGCGCAAGAGGUGCGGAAGAACCGUCUCGCCUGUCUCGCCAAUCUCGGUGCGUGUUGCAUGGAGAUGAAGCUCUUCGGUGAGGCGAUCGGACACUUGGACGAAUAUCUCCUCACCGAUCCCGAGAACGUUCGCAUCGUCAUGCGUCGAGGCAGGGCGCACGCCGGGAGAGGCGAUUUCAUCGAGGCCAAGCGAGACUUCUCCUCGUGCGUCGCGCUCAAUCCGUUCGAUUUCGAGGCACAGGAAGCUUUAGACGCCUUACGUCGCGACUAUCGAGCGGACGUGCGUCGCAGGAAAGAUCUCGCCAAAAAAUACGUCAAAGGUCUGGGCCAAUGA